CCCCGCCCAGGCCGGGCCCCGGCCCGCGCUGCGCGGCUCCCCGGCUGUCCCGGGCCGGCCUGCGUCCCCACACUCCGGCGAGCGCUCGGGCGCACAGCCUGACUUUGCGAGAUCCCGGGAAGUUGAACCCGCCGCCAUCUGGCGAAGGCGAACGUAAUGUGACUGUUGCUGGUGUGAAUAUCCGAUGCCACGGAACGUCCUCAUAACUGAGGGUUAUUUUAAUUUGGGAUUCCCCUCCCCUCCCCCAGCCCUCCCUCCUCCCCCUCCCGCUCCCGAAAUAAAACCGACGGGACCCAGAAGGGGAGGCUCCCCGCCCGGCCCACCCGCGCGCACCCACGACUCCUGCGUUCCCAUAAUCUUUAGUGUGGACCAGGAACAGGCUGGACACAAUCUGCGACGUUUAGGUAACGUGCUUUGGAGGAAGGAGGCCGAGGACCCGACUGGCUUUUCCCGUGCGCUCCAGAUUUGUCGGUGUUAAUGCAUCUGACAUCAACUAUUCAGCUGGCCGGUAUGACCCUUCGGUGAAGACCCCCUUCGAUGUAGGUUUCGAGGGCGUGGGGGAGGUGGUAGCCUUAGGCCUCUCUGCCAGUGCCCGGUACACGGUGGGCCAAGCUGUGGCUUAUAUGGCACCUGGCUCUUUUGCGGAGUAUACCGUGGUGCCUGCCAGAGCCGCGGCCCCCGUGGCCUCUGUGAAACCCGAGUAUGUCACCGUGCCGGUGAGCGGUACCACCGCGUACAUCAGCCUGAAAGAGCUUGGAGGACUGUCCGAAGGGAAAAAAGUUUUGGUGACGGCAGCAGCGGGGGGAACGGGCCAGUUCGCCGUGCAGCUUGCCAAGAAGGCCAAGUGCCAUGUCAUUGGGACCUGCUCUUCUGAUAAAAAGUCCGCUUUUCUGAAAUCGAUCGGCUGUGAUCGCCCCAUCAACUAUAACGCCGAGCACGUCGGUACGGUCCUGAAGCAGGAGUACCCCGAAGGGGUCGAUGUGGUGUAUGAAUCCGUCGGGGGAGCCAUGUUCGACUUGGCCGUAGAUGCCUUGGCUACCAAAGGGCGCUUGAUAGUCAUUGGGUUCAUCUCCGGCUACCAGACUCCCACCGGCCUUGCGCCUGUGAGAGCAGGAACCUUACCAGCCAAACUGCUGAAGAAAUCCGCCAGCGUUCAGGGCUUUUUCUUGAACCAUUACCGUUCUGAGUAUCAAGCAGCCGUGGAGCACUUGCUUCAGAUGUGUGUGGACGGAGACCUGGUUUGCGAGGUGGACCUCGGAGACCUGUCUGCAGAGGGCAGGUUCAUCGGCCUGGAGUCCGUAUUCCGGGCUGUCGAUUAUAUGUACAUGGGAAAAAACACUGGGAAAAUUGUACUCGAACUACCUCACUCUGUCAACAGUAAGCUGUAAACUCAGAACGAUGGCAGAAGUCAAAGGAGAAAGAAAACGGGCACCUUCUUCCUCAGAAAGAGUCGAAUCAGUUUAUUUUUGGUGGGUAAUGGAGAUCAUAUCUCUUAAAAGGUGUUAACGAAUGAGUUUCUCUCUCUCUCUCUCUCUUUUUCUUUUUUGCCCCUCCCUUGAAAAAAAAUGCCAAUAAAAACUUCCCUCGAUGGCUCAGAGGUAAAA